UUCACUGUUGUAUGAAUCGCUAAGAUGGAUUCAUCAUAAACAAUUUGGAAUGAAUCCAGAUCGAUCAGAGAAGAGAUUUGUUUCAAUGUGGUAACUUCUAAGCAAAGACAUGAAUUUUCUGUAGCUUCUCAGAGGAAAGUUGUGCAGUACGAUAACUUUCGACCAGUACGCAUGUUUUAUGAAUCAAAUGAAAAGACCCACGACGAUUCUUACACCCUUAUCACACAUACCCAGAAUAUUUGCAAAAUCACUUUCCUACUCAAUCCACCUUUGUAGUUAACUUUCGGCAUUACUGUUAAGAAAUCCAGUAUUCUUUUUCUUACAUGCUAAGCUUUGGCUGUUCUGUUUCUUGUUGAUGAAGUCAACCACAUUGAAACCCUAAUGCUAUAAUAUUGGGCUGUUGGCCUGUUGGGAAACAAUUGUUUCAUUUUUAAUCCUGGCAAGAGAAAUCUAUGAUGGGGCAGCCUCCAUAUUCCAGAACAACCAUUGAUGAAUUACUCAGGUUGAUAGAAAGAGCAGGUCUUUUUGAGAGGCAACCCAUGGUGGAGAGGAAGAUAAUGCAUUAUUCUAGCUUGCAAACCAUUCUGUUAGUCGGAGAGGGCAAUUUCUCAUUUUCUUCAGCUUUAGCUACUGCUUUUGAAUCUGCAGAAAACAUCGUCGCCUCCUCAAUUGAUAGUGAAGACAAAGUCUUAAGGGUUUAUAAUACAGCUCGUAGUUCAAUUGAGAACUUGGAAAGUCGUAAAGCAUUGGUACUGUAUGAGGUAGAUGCAACCAGAUUGCAUGAAAUUGAAGAGCUAAGCACGAGGAUAUUUGAUAGAGUUGUAUUCAAUCUCCCUCAUGCGGGCUAUUUUCCCGGUGGGGAAUGCAGUAAAGAAGCCAUCAAGAAGAACAGUGAGUUGCUAAGUAUGUUUUUGGAGAGUGCUACCAAGCUAUUGAGCUUGGAUGGAGAAAUCCAUGUUACUAACAAGGUGGGGCCACCCUACAAAAAAUGGAAUUUAGAAGGAGCAGCAGAAAAUUAUGGCUUAUAUUUGAAGGAGUCUGUUAGUUUUCAGAAAGCAGAUUACCCUGGUUAUAUGAAUAAAAGGGGAAGUGGAGCCAAGAUCAAUAGAACCUUCCGUCUGGGAGAGUGUGAAACCUACAUGUUCUCGGCUGUCUGAGUAGCAUGCACCUGCUGUGUAUGCCAUGCCCCUUUGAGCUGUUUGUUUUAUCAUUCGAAGACAUGGACAGACUUGUACUUUGUUGUCUUCAAUCAUACAAUGAAUUACUACAAGUCUUGGCUUUUUUUUGUG